ACUGUACUUGACAAUUUCAUCACAACAAAGUGAUAGAACCGUCUUGAGAAAAUGAUUGCACCAAUCAGGAUCUUGAUUAUUCUGUGCUUUGUGAUCACAGGAGGAUCUGCUCUUUGGGAGGAGAUAGCGGGCCCAUAUGACAUCAGAUUCAGUUAUGGCUCAAAUUGUGAUAAAAGAGGAAAAUUUAAUCUCUUUGAGCCCAUAAAAGCAAGAAAGUUGAAUAGAACACAUUUUGUAUACAGUGGUAUCUUUGAUACAGGAGCACCCAUGGAUGAUAACUUAAAGGUAAGAUUAGUAGCAUCGAACAAAGGCACAAAUGGACGUUACAACAAUGUUGUUGAUAUUGAAAUGAAAGCCUGCGAGUUGGUUAGGAAAUUUGGCAUGGAAAUAAUCACAAGUGUAUUCGAUCAUUGCAAUCAAACAUUCUAUUGUCCGAGGGAGAGGUUCACUUGUGUGAUGAAAAACUGGACUGUGAAUUACAACUUCAACAACGUACCUGCUCUUCCUUAUGGCGAAUACAGAGUGGAGGGGUCAUUCAUUAAGAUUCAUCAAUAUAAUAGAAGAGAGCUGAUAUCAUGUACAAGAUAUUAUGGAUUCAUUACUCCAAAAAUACCUAAAUCUCCAAAGAAAACUCAGCAGAGUGAUCGCAUGACGGAUGUUUCAUCACUUAUUACACCAUAAGAUUCACUGUUUCUCAAAAAAAUUAAUUUCACUCUCAAAUUUGAAAUGUUCUCGGGGUCCAAUGUGUUCACAAUUCUAGAAUAAUAAGCCUGGCAGAUAGUUCAAUUAGCAUUACAAUAUCACUCAAUCAUAAGAAAUCAA